GCGGGCGAGGCCGGCGCUGGGGGCGUGGCGCGGGAGGCGCCGUUGGUUGGUUGGCGGGCGGCGGGCGGGGCGGGCCAUGGCUCUGCUGCUGUGCCUCGGCCUGACAGCGGCGCUGGCCCGCGGCUGCCUGCACUGUCACGGCAACUUCUCGGAGAAGUUCUCCUUCUACCGCCAUCACGUGAAUCUCAAGUCCUGGUGGGUGGGCGACAUCCCCGUGUCGGGCUCGCUGCUCAGCGACUGGAGCCAGGACACGAUGAAGGAGCUGCAUCUGGCCAUCCCCGCGGAGAUCACCCGGGAGAAGCUGAACCAAGUGGCGAACGCCGUGUACCGGAAGAUGGAUCAGCUGUACCAGGGGAAGAUGUAUUUCCCCGGGUACUUCCCCAACGAGCUGCGAGCCAUCUUUCGGGAGCAGGUGCACCUCAUCCAGAAUGCAAUCAUCGAAAGCCGCAUCGACUGUCAGCGUCACUGUGGCAUCUAUCAGUACGAGACCAUCUCCUGUACCAACUGCACGGACUCGCACGUCGUCUGCUUUGGCUACAACUGCGAGUCAUCGGCACAGUGGGAAACAGCUGUGCAGGGCCUCCUCCGGUACAUAAAUAAGUGGCACAAACAGGAUGACCACACAAGAACCACUCCAGCUUUUCUGAUGUCACCGAGUUUCACAUGUCUUGAGCCCCCACACCUGGCCAACUUGACUCUGGAAAAUGCUUCCGAGUGCCUGACACAGCACUGACGGCCACCGGCCAUCGCCAGACUGGCCCCUAGCCUCGAGGUGGAGUCAGGACUCAGCUGGACUGCCCCAGCCUGACCCCACGGAGCAGGCUCACUGCUGCCUUGAGUCCCUGCACUGCCAUCAGAGGCUGGGACCGGGGCCGGGGAGGGCGCGUGGCUUUGUAUAUAGAGGGCAUCACCGCCGGGCGGAGCCGUAGGGCUAUUAGAGGCAAUGAUUAAACGUCCCUGUUUCUCAUCA